CCUUUGACUUGUCAUUUUUUUUUCACUUCUCAGAUUCGUCUGUUCGACAUCGAUCAUGUUGCGUUCCGCCGCUGUGAAAGCAGUCCGUCAAUGUACCUCAGUUCAUAUUCUCAAGCGAAGCGCGCACAAGAAAGCUUCCAUCCAAGUCAAAUUGAAUGAAUUUGUUGAAGGCGUAGGCAUUAAAGAUGAGGUUGUUACGGUUCGACCUGGUUUGAUGAGAAACGUAUUGUAUCCUUCCGGAAAAGCAACGUAUAUUGAGAAGAAUCUCGGAUCGCGGAAUCGUCAAUUAGCAGAUCAACAGGAGUUGGAAGCAGAGGAGCAGGAGCUUCAUUUAUCUAUGAAGGCAGAGAAGCGUCGCGAGCGUACCAAUGAAUUGCUGAAUGUUCUUGAAGAUGUUAAAGUGGUAGAAUUUGAGCGGGCUCUCGUACCGAACAGCAGCAAUACUUUUGGAUCGGUGACGGCGGACGACUUGGUAAACAAGUUAAAAGAAGAGUUUGCACUGGAUGUGGAUAAGCAGACUAUCGAAUUCCAGUCCGAGGGUGGUCGUAUCAAGUCAGUUGGAGAGCAUUUGGUUACUAUCCAGCUGGGACAACAGUCGGCCACGAUUAAAGUGAUUGUAAAAGCAGCAUAACCGUAAAAACACUGUAAAAAGAAGUGUGUGUUUGAAUCCAAAAAUAGACAUUGCCGGUUUUUUUU